UGAGAGGCCGGGUCGCGCCCGCCGCGCCCGCGCUCCAGUCCCCCCUGGCUGGCACCGCUCUUACCGCCCAGGUCCCGCUGCUCCCCCUCUGCCAAAGGUGCCAGGCCUCGGAGCUUUCCUCACAGCUCCCGUCUGAGGCCAGGCGCGAGGUGUCCUCUGAAGCCAGACAACCAGUUUGGGAGCGAGCCUAAGGUCAAGCAAUCAAUGCCUGUGAUGGACAGGCAAGUCUGCAUCCCCCCGGAGCUGCCGGAACUGCUCAAGCAGUUCACCAAAGCCGCCAUCCGGAUGCAGCCCCAGGACCUCAUCCAGUGGGGUGUCGAGUACUUUGAGGCUAUAGCUCGAGGAGAGACUCCUCCAAUGAGAGAGCAGUCUGAGCGAGUCGCCUUGUCCAACUGGACAGAACUGACGCCGGAGCUGUUAAAGAUCCUGCAUUCUCAGGUUGCUGGCAGACUGAUCAUCCAUGCAGAUGAGUUGGCCCAGAUGUGGAAGGUGCUGAAUCUCCCAACAGAUCUGUUUAAUAGCUUGAUGAAUGUGGGUCGCUUCACAGAAGAGAUUGAAUGGCUGAAGUUUUUAGCCCUUGCUUGCAGCUCGCUUGGAGUUACCAUUGCCAAAACUCUCAAGAUAAUAUGUGAAGUUUUAUCCUGCGACCAUGCUGGUGGGCCUCCCCGGAUCCCCUUCAGCACUUUUCAGUUUCUCUACACGUAUAUAGCUGAAGUGGAUGGGGAGAUCUCUGCGUCCCACGUCAGCAGAAUGCUAAACUACAUUGAACAUGAAGUAAUUGGUCCUGAUGGUUUAAUCAAGGUGAAUGACUUUACCCAAAACCCCAGGGUUCAGCUGGAAUAAAAGUGCAAUCAAUUUUGGCAAUUGUAAAGGAAGAUACAGAGAUGAUUGUGCUUCAGAGUGGCUGAACCCGACACACCAUCCAAAGUCAAUUUUCUUGUCCAACUGGUACACACUAAUAAACAUAUGAAAUCAGAAAUGUGUGGGAUU